AUGAGUCCAGCAAAGGAAUUCCUCCAACUUAUGGAACAACAUCUGAGAAAGUCUCCAUCUUCAGAUGAACCGUAUGCUAGGAAAACCAUCGGGAGUAAGGGAGGUAUCCUGAGGGUCAAAGGUCACGGGGUCACUUUGAACAUUCCAUCAGGUGCCUUGACAGGUAACAGAGACAUCAAAGUCCAGCUUCUUGGAGAGGAACUUCCGGAAGAAUUCACAUCAAAAGACGAAGUAUCACUAUGCCCUAGCGUCAGAUGUUUUCCUUCCGGUCUGACCUUUCGAGACCCUGUACAACUCACACUUACCCACUGCGCUGAGCUGACUGAACAAAUUCUGUCGGGAGAGGGCGAACUGUUGCUUUACACUCGAGAGGACAGUCAGCGAGGAUCCGGAGAUCAAAACAUCACGAGGACAAAACUUGUUCCACCCGGUUGCGAGUUCUUCAGAGACAGGAUCAACAUCUACGUGAAGCAAUUCGCAGACUGCUGGAUACGCAUCAAAUCGAAUUUCAUUCAUGGAAAGAAAGUCGGAUGUCUUCCCUUCGUGCCUAUUGAGAUGCCUAGAACAAGAAGACCCAUCGUCCGAUGCUCCAUCUAUGACCUGACGGAAGGCCACAGUGAGCGUAUCCAGAAGGAGGAAACCUUGUAUGGGUUCAGAAAGCCCAUGACUCAAGAGUGUGAACUGCUGGUUAGGCCAACGGGGACGGACCUACAGAUUGUCAUCAAAGAUAAGAAACGUCGAGAAUUCAAGAAGGUUGGGUGUUCGGGCAGCCCGUUCUAA